AUGAAAUUCUUUUCGCUACUGGCAGGCGCUGCCGCAUUUGCAACUUCCACCGUUGCUCAUUACACCAACAGUACACAGACUGGCGACAUUGACCAAGUCACCGUCUUCACGCCGCCGAGCAAUUACACCAUCCCUCGUACCCUCUAUGCAAGGACUCUGUUACUCAAUCAGGAUUGCGAGGAAGACAAUGUGAUCCUAGCGACUUGGGAGAACUACCUCUACAACAACAACACAAAUCCUUACUUCCCCAUCUAUCAAUCAUAUGAUGGUGGCAAAACCUGGUCGGAACGUUCUCGCGUGUAUGAUCAGGUCAACGGAUGGGGAUUGAGAUAUCAACCCUUCCUCUAUGAGUUGUCUGAACCCCUUGGCAACUUUUCAGCUGGCACUAUCUUGCUUGCUGGCAACUCCAUCCCUCAGGAUCUCUCAGAGACCCAGCUCGAACUCUACGCCAGCACGGACAAGGGAUAUACAUGGAAGUUUGUCUCUCACAUUGCCCACGGUGGUGAGGCUCUACCCAACAACGGUCUCACCCCCGUCUGGGAACCCUUCCUAAUGACCUACAACAACACCCUCAUCUACUACUACUCCGACCAACGCGACCCGCGCUACGGCCAAAAACUAGUCCAUCAAGUAUCUUCCGACCUCAUGACCUGGGGUCCCGUAGUCGACGACGUGGUCUACGAUACCUACGACUUCCGCCCCGGAAUGGCGAUAGUCUCCGCCCUGCCCUUUGGCCAAUACAUCAUGACCUACGAAUUCUACGGCGCCAAAGAGGUGGAUUUUGCAGUUUACUACCGUAUCUCUAAUGAUCCUACAAAUUUCAACGCUAGUGUUGGAUACCCUUUGGUUGCUACCGAUGGCUCUGUGCCUUAUGGUAGCCCUUACAAUGUUUGGACACCUGUUGGCGGCGAUCUUGGCACUAUCGUCGUUAGCUGCGGUAACCUUGGGGAAGUAUACUUGAACCAUAAUCUGGGUGCUCCGGGGGCUUGGACCAAGAUUAAUACUGUGGAGCCUGCGUCGUAUAGCAGGAGUUUGAUGGUUUUGCCUGGUCAGGAGGAUAUUCUGAUUGCUGGGGGUGGUGUUUUGGGAGGCGAGAACAAUUCUGUUACGGUCAGCACUGUUGAUGUCAAGCCCAAGGCUCCUGCUUUUGCCAAGUGCAAGGCCAAAAAGUAG